UGUUGAGGGUGCCAUAAAUUGUGCUGUCCUGAUGGUGUGCCCAUACAGAUGCUUUCCUUUUCCAUUAUGUUCAUCCAGGUAUUGGUUUUGAAGAAAGUGCGAAUUUUGUGUGCACAGACUGGUGGUGUUUCCCACUUUUCUCUAAAAGGGUAGCUCCAAUGAAACUAUAAACAGCAAUAAAAUAAAUAACAUAGAUUAACUUGGCAAUAUGUGGCAUACAGGGGUCGGAAAAUAAUUUAAAUAAUAUUUAAGCUGUUUUGGGGGGCCAAACUAAAGUUGCAACCCCCCUCCCACUUCCCCAAAAUGUUGCUGUGCUUCCUGCAGCAUGUCUUCGGCUAAUGCCAAAGACAUUGAAUAUCAAGGAGCAUGUGCUUAGUGUGCACUAGUAUGGCCAAAAUUUCUGGUGUUUGCUGUAGUAGAGGGGUUUGGCUGGCUUUUCUGUUCACUUCCAAUCGCUCUUUCUUUUUGUGGACGAAAGUACACGAGUUUAGUUGGAACUGACUCUUGCACUUAAUUGCAGAGCUGCUUACUGUGCUGGGCUUCUGCAAUGUAAUUUAGUGGAUCUAGGAAUUAGUUGUACUGUGGCAGUGUUCUGUGUUGUGGCGUCGUCAGGUGUGCCUGGUGUCCUUGCACAGCUUGCUGCACUGCCCUGUGGCUGCCGCUACUCUCGAAGGUUCAGCAGGCAUUCUGAGUGGGGCUCGGUCAUGGGAGCGGUUUGCCGGGGGUGGUUGGUGGUGUGUGCCCGCUGUGGCUGCCGGGUGGCGUGUGCUGUGUUGUCGUGGCUGGCCAGCGCUGACCCCGCUUGCAUGGCGUAGAUGGAAGUGCUGAUGGAAGAAGGAGCGACCGUGGUGACCAGCAGCGCGCCCGUCUCGCGUGCCAGCAGCACGACCACGGCAGCACGCUCCAGCCCGGCUCCCAGUGCGGUAGUGGUCACCUCUGCCCAGGGGCGCACCAACGGCACUGUGGUGUUUGCCUCACCGGCACAGGUCAAGCAGCUCAACGUGGUUCCAUCAGCCACAACACAGGCACUGGCAGUGCAACAGCCAGGUGGAGGUGUGUCGAUAGUGCACGUGUCUAUCCCCAACCAGCCCAUGCACGUUCAGUCAGUGAUACAGCCCAACCAGCAGUCGGUGAUCCAGGCCGCUGGAGGGGCAGCUGCCCUGCAGACAGUAAGUGGACUUGGUUUGGGCAAGAAUGUCAUUUUGGUAAAUAAGGGCUCAGUGAUCCACAGUGCCGACGGUGAUGCUGGCGUCCACCCUGUCCAGUUGAUUCCAGCGAGCAAGUUGGAUGCCUCAGGGGAGGCAGCUGUGCUCACAGCGGAAGACGAUUCCAAGAAGCGGCGAGAAAUACUGGCACGGAGGCCCUCGUACCGCAAGAUCCUAAACGAGCUAUCGUCCACCGAGGCACAGGGUGCGGUAGCGUCACUCGCGGCUGAUUCUAAAGACGAGGACGACGACCCUGACACCAUCACAGUGGCUGGCACUCAGUACCACACUGCAGCUGGACUGCUGAAAGUGGUCCCAGCUUCAGCCAUACAGCUGGCGACUGUGACUCAAGAGGGUGGCCUGCAGGGUCUCCAGACACUUACCAUGACCAACGCUGGCUCCGGUACAGCUGCUGGCACCAUCGUCCAGUAUGCCCAAGGACAAGAUGGACAGUUCUUUGUGCCAGUGACAGUGUCCGCGGCUGACCUGCAAGCGUACCAGAUCCGAACGACGGGCAGUGGUGGCUCGUCACAGGCACUGGCGCAAAGUGUGGUCAUGGCACCUGCGGCCAGUCUGCAGACCCAGCAGUCACUCGCUGAGGAAGCGUCCCGCAAGCGGGAGCUGCGCCUACUCAAGAACAGGGAUGCUGCGAAGGAGUGCCGACGAAAGAAGAAGGAAUACAUUAAGUGCCUGGAAAACAGGGUUGCCGUCCUCGAAAACCAAAACAAGGCGCUCAUCGACGAACUCAAAUCGCUCAAGGAGCUGUAUUGUCAAAAGAACGAAUGAGCCACAUUUCAUCGGGACAUUGCCACUUCCAAUCUUCAGGCCAUCGUGUACACAGUCAUGGGACAGAUUGCCAUGAAGUGCAUGCAGACGCGAAGUGUUGCAUGGUGCAGUUGCUCUGUGUACCAGGACCAGUUCAUCACAAGGGUCGUUAAUUGUUUUGCCCUGACAAAUUGGUGCACAGGGCCUGCUGGAGUUACCAUUAUUCUCAUCUCUUUUUCGAGCAUUCAGUUUCCCCUGCAGCUCUGUGGAGUUGCACCCAUCUCAUUAUCACUACGUUGACUGUACAUAGUAUCAUGUAUCUGCUCAUGUCUCUAUCUUCGAGCAAGGAGUGAAAAGUGCAGAUAAAGCAUCACAGCCCAUCUUUAUUUUCGCAUCUGCUGCUGCGGUUUCAUCAUCAAAUGCUGUAGAAAAGUGUUACCUGUGGGUGUUGUCUCAUUAUUGUGUGUACUACAUGGUGACAGCAUCUGCGAUUGUACAUAUGUGAAUUCUUGUCACCUUUCCCAUCCCCCAAUUUUUUUUUCAUUAUAAAUAUAUUAUAGUUAAAUGAUAGCCUAUGCUGACGUGGUUCAGCCAAGGCCCUUUUUUUUUCUUUUGUUUGUGCUAUGUCAGCACAUUCUUAAAUAUUUUGUUACGUUAUGUAAAAAUUGCAUUUUUAAGAAGUCCGCACAUUGUUCGGUUUGUGUGCCCUAAAAUUAUUGCUGCGGGACACACAUUUGCUUUCUGUUAAAGAGAUCUCAGUUGUUGAGCUGUGCCUUGAGCUAUUUUGUAACCCAGCAAAAAAUAAAAAGGGUUCAAGACAAGAA